AGUGCUCUGCGCAUCGCGGCAUUGCGGACGUACGAGUAUGACAACAUAAAAAGUGAAAUCCUGUCCACAUUUCCACCUCUGUUGUCACGUUUCUACGUAGAUUGUACACAGCUUUUUCUUUUCCUUGCCACCACAACUACGUCCUGAAGAUAUAACGAGAUGCUAUCGUGUGCAGCGAGGCUCGUUAGAGCCCAGAUCCAGAGCAAGCCGACGGCUUGCUGGGUUGUGGCUGCUCGUGGCUACGCUGACAUUGUUGAUGAAGCCACUUUCACUACAAAUGAAUACGCCCUGCACAAGCUGGAUGAAGGGCCGUCCCAGACUGUCACAGUGACCAGGGACGAUGCGCUGAAGUACUACCGGCAGAUGCAGACCAUCCGGCGUAUGGAGACUGCAGCGGGCAACCUGUACAAGUCCAAAGUCAUCCGUGGUUUCUGCCACCUGUACUCAGGACAGGAAGCCUGUGCUGUUGGAAUGGAAGCUGCCCUUACUCCAGAUGACCAUGUGAUCACAGCGUACAGAGCGCAUGGCUGGACAUACACCAGAGGUGUACCACCUGUCAACAUCCUGGCUGAACUAACAGGUCGAAAAACAGGCUGUGCAAAAGGCAAGGGUGGAUCCAUGCACAUGUAUGGGAAGAACUUCUAUGGUGGAAAUGGGAUCGUAGGUGCCCAGGUCCCGCUGGGCGCAGGCAUCGCUCUGGCUCUCAAAUACACUGGGAGUAACAACGUCUGCGUGGCACUGUACGGGGAUGGGGCAGCCAAUCAGGGGCAGGUGUUUGAGACCUACAACAUGGCCAAGCUGUGGGAUCUGCCGGUUAUCUUUGUGUGUGAGAAUAAUGGCUACGGGAUGGGUACAGCUGUGGAGAGGGCAUCGGCUAGCACCGACUACUACACAAGAGGAGACUAUGUACCGGGUAUUAGGGCUGAUGGCAUGGAUGUCCUUGCUGUAAGGGAGGCCACCAGGUUUGCUGCUGAAUGGUGCAGAUCUGGCAAGGGCCCUGUGAUUUUAGAGGUGGCCACUUACCGCUACUCUGGACAUAGUAUGAGUGAUCCUGGAACCAGCUACCGCCCCCGUGAGGAAAUCCAGGAGAUGAGGAAGACGAGAGACCCCAUAACCGGCCUGAGGGAAAAACUGAUAUCUGCUAAUAUAGCCACUGCUGAGGAGAUGAAGCAAAUUGACUUGGACGUCCGAGCAGAAAUCGACAAGGCUGUUGAGCAGGCCAAGACGGAUCCAGAACUGCCCGUGGAGGAAAUGUACACUGACAUUUUUGUCGACGAGCCUCCAUUCAAAGUCCGAGGCACAAACCCAUUCAUGUAUGGCAUGUCAAAGUGAUUGUUCAUGGCAGGGUGAAUGCUAGCUUUUAAGAUGAUCAUCCAGAAAUUUUAUGCACAGAUGUCCUAAGAAAAAGUGUCUGUAUACUCGAUGAAAAGCUUACCUGGUAAAGGUGGCAUUAAUAGGAAGAUUCACCACUAUUGGUAUAGUCCCUUUGUGUUUGCUGUCAAAACGUUCUGAACAGCCCUCAGAGUCAACCUUUUUGUAGCACUGGCAAAAGAAUCAAUUAUGACUUACAGUAGAAGAAGAUGAAAGCUAUAAAAUGGUUCAUUCUGGACAGAUUUUGUAUUUAAAGAUAUUGAUUUUGAUAAUGCUAUCUGAGUGUGGAAAGUAUGAAGAUGGUUAGACAGCUGCACUCUGUGCUGAAAUGUUUGAAUUGUAAACAAUUGAAUGCAAGUCUAAUACCUGGCACAAUCAGUGCAUUGGCCAUUGCAAUAGGGUUUAAGUGGUAAGAUGCAAAAUUCCUUGGGGCAGAAAGUUGUCUCUUUGCAAGCAAAACUUAAUUUUUAUCUAGACACUGUAAAUCUGCCACUUUUUCAGUUCUUUGAUCAGUAGAUUGAGUGAUAUUCAUGGUCUUUAACCAGAGCAGGUACACAAUAAACAUGUGGCACAAGGGAAA